GCACAGUCGGCCCAGGCCCUUCUUGCUGUGUCCACACUGACACGGUGUCCUCCUGCCUUGGAGAGGGGAAGCAGAUCUGAGGACAUCUCUGUGACCAGACCAGAAACCUCCCACCUGUCCAGCUCCUCCCCCAAAUGGACAUGGGGUCCAGCUCCUGGCCCCCGCUUGUACCAAACCUGCUGCUACUCUUGCUGGCACUGCUGCCUGGGGGCCAAGCUGGCACAGACUGCUAUGGGAUCGCCGGGAUGCCGGGCCUGCCCGGGGCCCCAGGGAAGGAUGGGCAUGACGGAUUGCCAGGGCCCAAGGGUGAACCAGGAAUCCCAGCUAUCCCUGGGACACGAGGACCAAAGGGUCAGAAGGGAGAUCCUGGCACACCUGGCUAUCCUGGGAAAAAUGGUCCCAUGGGAACCCCUGGGAUUCCAGGGGCUCCUGGCAACAUGGGACCCCCUGGGGACCCAGGCGAUGAGGGCAGGUACAAGCAGAAUCACCAGUCAGUAUUCACUGUCACACGGCAGACAGUCCAGUUCCCAGCGCCCAACAGCCUGGUCAAGUUCAACUCAGUCAUCACAAACCCACAGGGGGAUUACAACACGAACACUGGCAAGUUCACCUGCAAAGUUCCCGGCCUCUACUACUUUGCCUACCACACGUCACACACGGCCAACCUGUGUGUGCAGCUGUACCGCAGCGGUGUCAAGGUGACCACCUUCUGUGACCACAUGUCCAACACCAAGCAGGUCAGCUCAGGCAGUGUGCUGCUGCGGAUGCAAGUGGGCGAGCAGGUGUGGCUGGCGGUCAACGACUACAAUGGCAUGGUGGGCACCGAGGGCUCCGACAGUGUCUUCUCCGGCUUCCUGCUCUUCCCUGACUAGGGCAGGCAGGCCUGCUCCGCUCCCCGGGGCCACCCCAUCUCCCUCAGCUUCCCUGCAAGAACACACUGGGCCACACAUCCUUGCUCGGGUCAUUCUCGCCACUGGAUGGACUCCUCCUCCAGGAAGCCCACCCUGCCCUCCUGCCCUGAGUUGUCUCCCUCCUCCAAGCUCCUUUAGGAGUCACUGCUUUGACACUUAACCAACACCUUCUGAUGCUGUCAUUAGUGUUUUCCAAGUCUUGGAAGAGGCAGAGAGAUACAUGAAUAAAUAAUUAAA